CAACCAUUAACACUUUCAGAGGUAGAAGAUAAUUUAAAUAUAACAGCGGAAGCUGAUACAAAAAAGAGUAUUGAUUUCAUCUUAAAUAUUUUAUAG